AUGACAAGGGGAGUGGGAGGGAGGGAGGAAAGGAGGAACGAGGUCGGGCUGCUGAUGAGGUUUGAGGUGAAGGUCAUGCCGACGGAGCUACAGUAUCACUGUACCGUUGGUACAGCAUGUACUACUGUAUACGUGUACAGUUGUAGAGUAAUCCAUAAGAGUUGA